CAAUCGCGUGCUGCUCGCUAGGGGUGUUGCCUCAGAGAUCAGACUGGCUGGGCUCGAUAAAGGAUUAACACAGGCUUUUGGCUAGAGAUUUACUACACCUGUCCUUGGAAAAGAAAAAACAUAAAAAGAAACAGCCAGUUCAAAGACCACAUUCCUAUUUUAUGGAUGUAAAAUGUCCACAUUGUUACAAGAUCACCCCGGUUUUCAGCCAUGCUCAGAUGGUGGUUACUUGUGUAGUAGGCUGUUCAACAGUGUUGUGCCAGCCAACAGGAGGAAAGGUCAGACUCACAGAAGGGUGUUCUUCAUUUAGAAGAAAGCAACACUAA